CUGGGGGCCACCCGAGCUCCCCGGCCUCGCCGCCAUGUCGCUCCUCCAGCACACGAACCCGCUCGCCGGGUUCCCCCUCUUCCGAGGCCGACGGUGGCCUACGACGGCCUGGGUGACAGUUAGCCCGUCCCCCGCAGUGCUCUCCCCUCAGCCGCGCCCUCCCGAGCCCGCCGGCCCCACAGCUGAGGGGACCUGAGGCGACACCCCCGCGGAGGCCCGGCUGGGCCAGGCCCCGGCUCCCUCCUCCUAUCGCCUCCUUCCCCUCCUUCUCAGGGACUCCGGCCCAGCUCCUCGCCCCGCCCAGGGCCUGCGGGGAAGGGAAACCGAAAGUGCGCGGCGCCGGGCGGGGCCGUGGACCAUCCUGAUCCCGGAGCGCGAGCCUUCGGCGGCGGCGAAAGGACGCGCCGGAGCCCGAUAACUGAAUGUGACGGGAACUUGGAUGAAUUCAAGUAACUCGGACAUGGAGAACCGAAGGCCUCGCCCAGAGGCCAGGCCCAGGAAUCCCCAUACCAACCAAAGAGGCUAUUUAGGGCUUGUGGAUGGAGAAGUACCACCUAGAGCCAGAAGUCAGGCUAAUAACCUGCCAGCCCAUGCUGGCAGAGGAGGCGCCAGCCAUGCCGGAAGAACCGCUAGAGCCAACCACCCUCCCAUUGCUUACAGACCACGGGAAGAGAGAUUUGCAGCUAUGGGCAGGAACCCACAUCAGGACCGGAGGACCCAGGAUGGCUACACCAGUGAUGAAGGCCAAGACCAAAGACCUGGUCCAGAACAUGAGGCCAGGCGAAGGACUGGUCCCCAGGAGGGUAGAAACCGCAGACUGCCAUGGCUAAAUGAAAACGUCCAGCAGUGGCGGACCCCGCACCAGAAACCUGCGGAACAGCCACAGCAGGUGAAGAAGCUGGGCUACAAGUUCCUGGAAAGUCUCCUUCAGAAAGACCCCUCAGAGGUAGUCAUCACACUUGCCACGAGUUCGGGGCUGAAAGAGCUUCUGUCUUACUCUUCCAUGAAACCCAACUUCCUCGAACUCAUCUGCCAAGUCCUCCGGAAGGCUUGCAGCUCCAAAAUGGACCGCCAGAGUAUCCUCCACGUGCUGGGCAUGUUAAAGAACUCCAAGUUCCUCAAAGUUUGCCUGCCCAAUUACGUAGUCGGGAUGAUUACUGAGCCUACUGCCGAUGUUCGGAACCAGUACCCAGAACACCUGAGCAACAUCGUCUUCCUCCUUCAAGAGCUCGUGAGCGUCUUCCCUGCCAGCUCCGUGCAGGAGACAUCCAUGCUCACGUCCCUCCUGCCGGCUUCUCUCAAUGCUCUGAGGGCGUCUGGUGUGGAUAUAGAAGAGGAGAUGGAGAAGAACCUGGAAAAGGUGCAGGCCUUCGUGGAACACCUGCAGCAAAAGAGACGAGAGGGCACGCUGAGAGUAGACACCUACUCUGUCCUGCAGCCGGAGGCAGAAGGCCAUGUGCAGAGCUACCGGACCAUGCCCAUCUACCCCACCUAUAAUGAGGUGCACUUGGAUGAGAGGCCCUUCCUUCGCCCCAACAUCAUUUCUGGAAAAUAUGACAGCACAGCUGUCUAUCUGGAUACCCACUUCCGACUCCUGCGAGAAGAUUUUGUCAGACCCCUGCGGGAGGGCAUUUUAGAGCUUCUCCAAAGCUUUGAAGACCAGGGCCUGAGGAAGAGAAAGUUUGACGACAUCCGAAUCUACUUCGAUACCAGGAUCAUCACCCCGAUGUGUUCGUCUUCAGGCAUCGUCUACAGGGUCCAUUUUGAUACAAAGCCCCUCAGGUUUGUUCGCUGGCAGAAUUCCAAGCGGCUGCUCUAUGGGUCACUGGUAUGCAUGUCCAAGGACAACUUUGAGACAUUCCUUUUUGCCACCGUUGCCAACCGGGAGAUAGAGGACCUAUCCUCCGGAAUGGUCCAGCUCAGCUUCAAUGAGCAGAGCCAGCAGCUGCUGGCCGAGGUCCAGCCCUCGGACUCUUUCCUCAUGGUGGAGACAACUGCUUACUUUGAAGCCUACAGGCACGUCCUGGAAGGCCUCCAGGAGGUCCAGGAGGAAGAUGUCCCCUUCCAGAAGAACAUCGUAGAGUGCGACUCACAUGUCAGAGAGCCACGCUACCUGCUAAUGGGGGGUAGAUACGAUCUCACCUCCCUGAUGGAGAAACCAUCCACCCCUGGUACACCUGUGCGACAUGUCGAGGGCUUGAGAUAUUCCAGAGUAAACGUCUUGGACCCGAGCCAGUGGCCAUCCAAGGAAGCCCUGAAGCUGGAUGACUCACAGAUGGAAGCCCUGCAGUUUGCUCUGACAAGGGAGCUGGCCAUCAUUCAGGGACCUCCUGGAACAGGAAAAACCUAUGUGGGUCUAAAAAUUAUCCAGGCCCUUCUAACCAAUGAGAAUGUUUGGCAGAUCAACCACCAGAAGUUCCCCAUCUUGGUUGUUUGUUAUACUAAUCAUGCUUUGGACCAGUUUCUGGAAGGCAUCUACAGAUGUCAGGAAACGAGCAUCGUGCGAGUGGGUGGAAGGAGCAACAGCGAGGUCCUGAAGCAGUUCACCCUGCGGGAGUUGAGGAACAAGCGCGAGUUCCGCCGCAACCUGCCCAUGCACCUGCGCAGGGCCUACAUGAGUAUCGUGACGCAGAUGAAGGAGUCGGAGCAGGAACUGCACAAGGGAGCGAAGACCUUGGAGUGCACCAUGCGCGGGGUGUUGCGGGAGCAGCACCUGGAGAAGUACAUCUCUCCCCACCACUGGGAAAGCCUCGUGAAUGGACCGAGACAGGAUAACGAAUGGACCUACUACCAGCCCAGUAGGCAUUCCAUGAUGCUGGAGUGGCUAGGUCUAGGUGUCGGUUCCUUCACGCAGAGUACUGCUCCACCUGGACCUGAGAAUACAGCCCAGGAAGAGGAGGAGGAGGAAGGAGAAGAGGAGGGUUCACUGAUUGAGAUUGCAGAGGAGGCUGACCUGAUUCAAGCCGACCGGGUGAUUGAGGAGGAAGAGGUGAUGAGGCCCCGACGGCGAAAGAAGGAAGAAAACGGGGCUGACCAGGAACUGGCCAGAAUGCUCCUGGCCAUGGGAUUAGACCACAGUGCCCGGCAGGAUCAAGCCAUGGGAGAGUGGGAGACCCAGCGCACCCAGAAGAAGAGAAUGAAGAAUAAGAUGAAGAAGGAGCUUCGCAAGCUAAAUGCCAUGACUGAAGCUGAGGCCAAUGAGAUCCAGGACAUCUGGCAGCUGGACCUGAACUCCCGCUGGCAGCUUUACAGGCUGUGGCUGCAGAUGUACCAGGCCGACACCCGCCGGAAGAUCCUCAGCCACGAGCGGCAGUAUCGCUCAUCAGCAGAGAGAAUGGCUGAGCUGAGACUCCAGGAAGACCUGCACAUCCUCAAAGAUGCCCAGGUUGUCGGCAUGACAACCACAGGUGCUGCCAAAUACCGUCAGAUUCUACAGAAGGUGGAGCCCCGCAUCGUCAUCGUGGAAGAGGCUGCUGAGGUCCUCGAGGCCCAUACUAUUGCCACGUUAAGCAAAGCCUGCCAGCACCUCAUUCUGAUCGGGGACCACCAGCAGCUGCGCCCCAGUGCCAACGUGUAUGACCUGGCCAAGAACUUCAAUCUCGAGGUGUCCCUCUUUGAACGGCUGGUCAAAGUGAACAUUCCCUUUGUCCGUCUGAAUUACCAGCACCGCAUGCGUCCUGAGAUUGCCCGCCUCCUGACCCCCCACAUCUACCAGGACCUAGAGAACCACCCGUCUGUUCUCACAUAUGAGAAGAUUAAGGGGGUCUCCUCCAACCUCUUCUUCAUAGAGCACACCUUUCCUGAGCAGGAGAUCCAGGAGGGUAAAAGUCAUCAGAACCAACAUGAGGCUCAUUUUGUAGUGGAGCUGUGCAAGUACUUCCUGUGCCAGGAGUACCUGCCUUCCCAGAUCACCAUCCUCACGACCUACACUGGGCAGCUCUUCUGCCUGCGCAAACUCAUGCCCAGCAAGACAUUUGCCGGGGUCAAGGUCCAUGUCGUGGACAAAUACCAGGGGGAAGAGAAUGACAUUAUCCUCCUUUCCCUCGUGCGGAGCAACCAGGAGGGCAAGGUGGGUUUUCUCCAGAUAGCCAACCGCAUCUGCGUGGCUUUGUCACGAGCCAAGAAGGGAAUGUACUGCAUCGGAAACAUGCAGAUGCUGGCCAAGGUGCCGCUGUGGAGCAGGAUCAUCCAUACCCUGCGGGAGAACAACCAGAUCGGCAGCACCCUCCGCCUCUGUUGCCAGAACCAUCCUGACACCCACACCUUAGUGUCCAAAGCUUCAGACUUCCAGAAAGUGCCCGAAGGGGGCUGCAGCCUGCCCUGUGAGUUCCGGCUGGGCUGUGGGCACGUUUGCACCCGAGCCUGCCACCCCUAUGACUCCUCACAUAAGGAGUUCCAGUGCAUGAAGCCAUGCCAGAAGGUCAUCUGCCAGGAUGGGCACCAGUGUCCCCUAGUGUGCUUCAAGGAGUGUCAGCCUUGUCAAGUGAAGGUACCCAAAAUCAUCUCCCGGUGUGGCCAUAAACAAAUGGUCCCUUGUUCCAUGCCUGAGUCAGAAUUCUGUUGUCAAGAGCCUUGUCCCAAGUUCCUGAGAUGUGGGCACAGAUGCAGCCACCCAUGUGGUGAGGACUGUGCUCGGCUUUGUUCAGAAAUGGUCACUAUGAAACUCAAGUGUGGGCACAGCCAGCUGGUAAAGUGUGGUAACGUGGAAGACCUCAAAUAUGGUCUGCCAGUCAAGUGUACCUCCAAGUGUGGCACCAUCUUGGACUGUGGGCAUCCCUGCCCCGGCUCCUGCUACAGCUGCUUUGAAGGUCGCUUCCAUGAACGCUGCCAGAAGCCUUGCAAGCGCCUGCUCAUCUGCUCGCACAAGUGCCAGGAGCCAUGUAUUGGCGAAUGCCCACCCUGCCAGAGGCCAUGCCAGAACCGCUGUGUCCACAGCCAAUGCAAAAAGAAGUGUGGGGAGCUGUGCACCCCCUGCGUGGAACCCUGUACCUGGCGCUGCCAGCACUACGAGUGCACCAAACUCUGCUCCGAGCCCUGCGACCGACCACCGUGCUAUGUGCCUUGUACUAAGCUGCUGGCUUGCGGCCACCCCUGCAUUGGUCUGUGCGGCGAGCCGUGCCCCAAGAAGUGCCGUAUCUGCCACCAGGAUGAGGUCACCCAGAUCUUCUUCGGCUUUGAGGAUGAGCCUGAUGCCCGCUUCGUACAACUCGAAGACUGUAACCACAUCUUUGAGGUGCAGGCCCUGGACCGCUACAUGAACGAACAGAAGGAUGAUGAAGUCGCCAUCAGAUUGAAGGUCUGCCCUGUCUGCCAGGUGCCCAUUCGCAAAAACCUGAGGUAUGGAGCCAGCAUCAAACAGCGUAUGGAAGAGAUCGAAGUCGUCAAGGGGAAGAUCCAGGGCUCGGCAAAGGAAAUUGCAGCCAACCAGCAACAGCUUAAAGCUCUGCUGGAGACGAAGAGCCUCCUCUGCCAGCUGCUGCCUGAAGCCUCCCUGAUGCUUCAUGACAAGCUGGCUCAGGAGAACGUGUCAAUGAAGGACCUGGGCCUUGUGGAGAACUACAUCAACUUCUAUGAUCACUUGGCCAGCCUGUUGGCAUCGCUGAAAAAAAUACAUGCAUUAGAACAAGACAAAGUGAGGACUCGACUCGACCAGGUCCAUGCCUGGCUUGACAAGAAGCGCCUGAGCUUCACCAGCCAGGAAUUGAGUGACCUCCAAAGUGAAAUCCACAGGCUCACAUACCUGAUAAACCUGCUAAGCAGCUGCAAAAUGGCAGAGGGGAGGGUGAAUGGUCACGUGGCAGAAGAGGUCCAGAAUCUCCGGAAUAUCCUAGAGCGAACAUCCAAGUUCACUGUGGAGGAGGAGCGGCUUGUGAAGGAGAAGUUGGAAGCUCUGAAAGCCUGCCUCCCUUGCUCCGGCCUGGGCAUCUCAGAGGAAGAGCGGGUGCAGAUUGUCUCUGCUAUGGGUCUCCCUCGAGGCCACUGGUUCAAGUGCCCCAAUGGCCACAUCUAUGUGAUUGGCGAGUGUGGGGGAGCAAUGCAGAGGGGCACUUGUCCUGAGUGUAAGGAGGUGAUCGGUGGCACUAACCACACCCUGGAAAGCAGCAACCGGCUUGCUUCCGAGAUGGAUGGAGCCCAGCACCCUGCCUGGUCUGACACAGCUAACAACCUAAUGAACUUUGAGGAGCUCCAGAGGAUGUUAUAGGAGGAGGCUGCCGGCUGCCUUCGGCUUGGCCACUCCAUGGCUGUGCUCGGCUUCCCUGUGGAGGAACUGGGGGUGUUUUUAUGAUCCUCCUUUAGUCUUAGCACCUAUUUAAGGAUCCACUUUUAGGGCUUGCCCACAUUUCUUUUUAGAUUUACCCUGCGCUAGAGUAAGCACUUUACCUCCAAAACUGAACAAGUGUAACAGCUCUCACCUCUUCCUCUGUUGCAAGUUAGGGGAAGGACCACCCUGAGGCAUUUCUGGGACUCCCACCAGGGCUGCCCAGGAGCCACUGUGGAUCUUGACAUGGUCAGAGGUCUCUUACACAGUGUUCCUGAGGCACCGAGUGUUGACUCAGCAUAGCUGGUGGAUUCUUACUGCCUAACUUGCAGACUAACUCUGAUCCUAAUAAACAGAGCCCAGAGGAGCUGUUUACAAACUGCUUAUCUUCAAGGAGCACAAGAAUCCCUCCUCCCUCCUCCCUCCUCCUCAGGCACCUCCCUCCAGGAGUCAGAAGCCCAUGAUAAGACAGUCCUCCACUCGCUGUAACCCAGUGGGGAAACGGGCUCUGCCCACAGCUCAGGGCUGACGCAGCAGGCCCAGGCUAAUUAAGGCAUGGUCCCUGCACCCUUUCCUGUAACUUGUACUUCAGAAUAGGGAGGUCUCUACCUGCUAUAGGAGAGACCCCAUGGCCAUGCUGGUCCUCCCUGGACCCAUUCAGUACCAGCAGCAGCUGUCCCAAAUGUGCCCCUUUGUCCCAGCACCUCCUCCCCAGCUUCUGCCUGGGCAGGGUUAGCAUGCCAGCAGCUUCUGUGGGCCCCAAGCCAGAAGCUGGCCCCGGCCUACCGCCUGCAGCGCCUUCCCACGGCCCAGGGCUCCUUAGCACCACUUAGCCAUCUCAGGUCCUUUCUAACCUUGGCAAGAAAAACAUCCUACGUUGCAUUUCCUUUUUUCUGUCUUUAACUAUGCACUUUAGCUUAUAAAGCCAAUCAAUAAAAAUGAU